AUGACAGUACAACAGAGUUCAGGCAGCACUUCCAUGCUUGGGGAGUGGCUGAAGGUGCUCGUGGAGAAUAAUGGGAACAAUCAGAUUACUGCUGGGAAUUUUAAGGAGAAGUUGCGGAAGAAUUUAGAGGAUGAAUUUGAUGAAUUGGGCAAAUGGUUGGAGGCGCAGGAGUCCUGGGAAAUUGGGCGUAUGUGCGAUGAGGAUGGAACGUUCUCGCGCGUGGAUAAGGAGAGACUGCAGGGGAAGAAGAGCGGCAAGGUUCAGACAAUGUGGAGUGCCUACCUGCCAGUAAUAUGUAACGGGAUAGCUGAGAUAAGAUAUUUCAUGGCUGGCGUAAAAACCCAGAGGACGGGGGCAAAUGCGGAUUCGGAUAUUACACCAAAGAUUGAACACCUCACCGAUGAUAAUGCUUAUGCACGUUGUAUUGUAGGUAUGUUAGCUCUAUCCGAAAUUUAUGGGGAUCAUUGUCAUUUGGACAAAGUUAUUCAGGACGUAUCGUCUAAAGUGGAACGGAAGUUGCGGGAGACGCACAAGGGUGCAUCUGAGAACUUGGAUAAAUGCAAAGAAAUUACUGACACCGCCUUAAUGUUCGGUAGAGCUCUUCUCCAAGAUAAAAUCAGACGUUGGAGGGAUGAAUAUAGGACGAAGGGGGGGAGUGGCAGUCAAUGGAGGUUACAGAAACUAUGGGUCAAGAGGAAUGUGCGCUGUAAGGCCGGAAACUCAGAGCCACAGAGGAGGAAGAUAUAUUUGGAGCAGAAUAAGAGCGAAUUAACAAAAUUCCUGAAUCUGAACGACGACGCCAAGGAUGGUACCGGAAUGCCCGCCAUAGCAGAUAUACUAGCAGACAGUGAUGGAAAGUACAACUUACCCGACGGCAAAUUAAAUACCAUACUUGCACCACUAGUUAAUAAUGCAGGAACCGGCCAAUCUUCAAAUGUGGACGACCUUAUAAAGUCGGCAAUAGAGGAUAUAAAAAUAGCAACUGACGUACAAUUAGGCAAGCCGUGUGAUGACAGUGACUUUUGCGCACGUCUGAAAUGUGUAAAGGAAAAAUGGGAGAAGAACAACCAGAUAGUCCAAGCUGGGGCGGUUCAAUCGGGGAAUUUUUGGGACAUCUAUGUCAAGGGGAAAGUUGGAGAACUCUUCAUUGAUACGACUACUAGUAACGGUGGCACCGUAGGUGCCAAUUGCGACACCACUGCAGGCUUAGAUACUGCAAAUAAAGAAGCAUGCAAACACAUUACAGCAUUGUUGAAUAAGAUGUACAAAACAACAAAUGGCCCUAACAAAUAUUCUGACCAAAUAAUACAAUGUCUUUUAUUAAAAGCAUAUGCAAAAAAAUUAAAAGAAGAAGCCAAGAGCAAAGGGUAUUGUGAUAUAGGAAGUGGUUUGCAGAAAGCUUUCAAUGAAAGUAGUGCCAUUAUGAAUACGUCAGGUGAAUGUGGAAAUGCUAAUGCCAAUAAUUGUUUUGAAUGUAGUUGGAACGAUAAUGACGGACUUGAUCAGUGCACCAUUCGCAAUGGCAACGGCGAAAAUGACCAAGUGAAGAACAAAGUGGAUCAAUUGUUAGAAGACAACAACCAAACGAAGCAGGAACAAAUACAGAAAACCGUGACUGAGAUGCAUAAUAAAAAUAACUUCUGUGAACGCUUAAAAUGUGUAACGGAACGAUGGUGGAAGGACGAAGAAAAUGGCGGGAAGAACGGUUCACCAGUUAACUGGGAACAAGUGUGGACCGAAGUCCAGAAGGACGUUGUCCAACCACUUGGCAGCGCCAUGUAUGACAGUCAGAACAGCAGUUUAGACAAUCAUUGCAGUACCCAGGACUACAAUAACAAAGAAGUAUGCCUCCUCUUCGGGGCAGGACUGAGGCAUCUGUACAGAAAUACAAAAGAUAACGGCAACCCUGCCGAAGCAUCGUUCAAACGAACCAUGAUGUGCGCAGCAUUGAAUGUCUAUGCCGAUCAGUUGAUUGAAAAGUCGAAUGAUAAAUGUCCUAUUGGUGAGGACACAAUAAAAAAAAUGUUUACUGUAGGGAAUAACCAAAAAACUGAAUGGUGUAAGACGGGGGGUAAUAAUAAUGAUUGCUUUGAAUGUAAGAGGGAAGCAAAAUUGAAUUGCCCAAUAAACAGUGAUAAAGUGGAAACCAAAUUGAAAGAUAUGUUUGACAAGGAAGAAACUGGACUGAAGAAAUCUUUGGACAAUAUAUGUGGUGGUCAAUGUGAAGACACAGAGGUUUUGUGUAAUCGUGCAGAAUGUGUGAAGAAGCAGUGGCUUGCAGACAGUGGAAAAAAACAAACGGUGGAUACAGAGAAGAAUGAAAUGUGGACCGAAGUCGAAAAGGAAUUCACCAACCUUGACAGCGCCCUGUCUACCAAUGGGGUCACCGACACCGACAUAGACAAUCUGUGCAAUGAGGUUAAAUGUACCAACGAUGGUAAUGCAGAGCAUUGUGUAAGCAAAGCAACAUGCAAACUUAUUGUUAAAGAAUUGAAGAACAUACAUACAAUUCAGGAAAGUAGUUCUGAUACGGGGCCACGCAAAUUGAAUGACCGAAUAUUUCGUUCUACCAUGCGUUGUGUAGCACUCAAUGCAUUGAUAUACCAAUUAAAGGAACAGGCAAAACAGGGUGGUUAUGGUUGUGCUGUACAGGAAGGAAUAAAUAAGGCCUUUGAUGCAGGGAAGCUGAAGAAUAAUCGCGAAAAGUGGUGUAAUAAGAAUGGUAAAGGGGAUGGGAAUGAGAAGGGUUCAUGUGAGGAAUGUGGAAAGGACCAUGAGUGCAUCAGUAUUGAAGUGGGGGGAAAGAAGCUAUGGACCGAAGUGUGGGGUAUUUUGAAGACCACCAACAUACAACCAACAUUAUCCACAAUAAAUGAUAAAGCCACUUUAUGUGAUCGUCUACACUGUGCUCUAGACCACUGGAAGACAACAACAAAAGCAGGACAGGCAUCAGCAGGCAACGACGAAGAAUUUUGGAAAGAGAAUGGCCCCAUGAGGACAUUGUGGAAUGAAUUAGCAGAGAAAAUGAAGGAGAAUGGCGGAUCAGGGAAUGGACAAUGUGAUCAAUUGACAACUCAUUCUGAAAAGACGGCAUGCAAGUAUUUGCAUGCCGGCUUCACCGAACUGUACAAUCCGUCGUCGUCGUCGUCAGACGACGACGGCAACAUCCUAUCUACGAAACACCCAUCGUUUAGACAAACGAUGGGUUGUUUUUUACUUCACGCUUAUGCAAAACACAUGAAAGACAAAGCUGUUUGUAAUAUUGAUAAAGGAAUAGAAAAAGCUUUCGAACUUGGGGAGAAGCUCAGUAGUAGUACUGCUUGCAAUGGUGGUGCCAGUGGCAAGGGACCUUGUGUCCCUUGCCAAUGGAAUGAAAAAGACAAAUUGGACGGUUGCCUUGGUGCAAUUAACAUAAAGGGCACAACUCCAGCAGAGACUGCAAAGAAGAAAGUGGAAAAAAUUGUCACUGACGAGAGCGACAACAACAUUAGUACAAUGCUAUCUAACAUAAAUAAAAGGGAUAAAUUAUGUGACCAUAUGAAAUGUAUAGCAUCCCAUUUAAAUUCCUCUACCGGACAAAAACAAUCGGGUACAACUGCGGAUGAAUUCUGGAAGGAGGAGACUGGCGAGCUCCAUAAGUUGUGGAAAGAAUUGGCAGACGCCAUGAAGGACACAAAUGGCAAAACGGAUCAGAAUGGAUGUGAUAAAAUGAAUGAUAAUGGCACCGCAGGUGCCAAGACUAGACCAGCAACUGACCCUGAAAAAAGGGCAUGCCAACAUCUUACAUUAGGUUUCACCAAACUAGAGAGCAUUGCUGCGUCUAAUGGAGCUGCUUACCCAACCCUGAAGAAAGACCCAUCGUUUGUCCGAACGAUGGGUUGUAUAUUACUUCAUUAUUAUGCAAAACAAAUGGAAAAAAAAUCGACUUGUGUUAUUAAUGCUGGUAUAGAGAAGGCAUUUAAGGCAUGGAAUGAUAAUAAAUCUAAUUGCAAUGGCAAUGGCAAGGAACCUUGUGUUCCUUGCCAAUGGCAAGAAGCCGACUAUGAAAGUUGCGAAAUUAACGUCAAUGGCACGAAAGAGAAUGCAAAAGACAAAUUAAUACAAGUUCAGGACAAAAUUACGGAAACCUCCAAUACCACCCUAACGGAAAUAAAUAAAAUGGAUAAGUUAUGCGAUUACAUUAAAUGCGCCGCACCAAAUUGGUUCAAACAAUACGCAACGACGCAGAAUGGUACUAAUAAGAAGACUUGGUGUGACUUCUGGGAGCAGGGCGUCAAAACAACAUUGCAAACAAUGUUCAAGGAAAUCGGGACGCAGGGACAGAGCAGUGCAACCAACCCUAAUGCUGUAUGUAAUAAAUUUGGUGAUGGUAAUCCACAAAGUGUUGAAAGAAAAGCUUGUAAUCAUAUCACAGCAGGUUUAGAACACAUUAAAAAAAUUACAAGUAGUACCUCUUCGACUAAUGGUAGUGGCAACCAACUGCUCGAUGGAGCAGUUGGUUGUAUUGCUCUUAACAUGUACGCAACUAAAAUAAAAGAACAAACGGACAAAGUUUGUCCCAUUGAUGAGAACAAAAUAAAGGCAAUGUUCGAUAAAUGGAAUCAAGAAAAUAAUAAAAUUUCUUCGUCUUCGUCUUCGUGUAAUGCUGUUGGUGGUGGUAGUUAUAAUAUUUGUUUUAAGUGUCAAAGGGAGGAAAUUUCUGCUGAUUGUCAGCUGAGCGUCGAAGACGCUCUGGUGGGAAAAAAUCAAAGUGGAAAUUGCAAUAAAGACAAAACUGACGCAGUUAAAGUCCAAACUCAAAUGAAAAAACUCCUCAACGAAGACCAAUCCAACAUUAACACCAAAAUAAAAUCCACCUUAACUACUAUCACUAACAUGUCCUCUUCUUUCUGUACUCAACUCCAAUGCGCAGCAAAAAAAUACCACGCAAAAAACAAUGGUGGACAAAGCAGCGAUGUGUCUUGGAAUGCCUUGAAGACUGACAUCGGAAAGGAAUUAGCACAACUUCUAGAACAAAUGAUGCAGUCUAAAAAUCAGGCGAAGGUUGCCGACUUCUGCAAAGACAACAAUUGGUAUACUUUAGGCCAUAAACAAAGCAAAACAAAUAAAGCAGCUUGUUUGCUUUUUGCUGCAGGACUGCAGCACAUUUAUUCCCCAAAGAAGGAUCGGUUUAGUGGCCCAUCGUUUGGACAAACGAUGGGUUGUUUAUUUCUUAAAAAGUAUGCAGAACAAUUGCAAAAAAUGGCAGAAGAGAAGAGAAAAGGACAGAGUUGGGUACAUCCUCUCUGUAGCAUAAAGGAGGGCAUAAAUCACGCUUUCGGUAAGAGUGAUGACAUUAUGAGGAAUGUAUUAACUCAAUGCAAGAAUGGUACUAAUGGUAUUUCUUGUUUUGAAUGCAAAAUUGACCAAGAUUAUGAUGAUUGCUCCAUUGGCAAAGAAAAUGUAAAUACCAAAGUGGAACCACUGCUCAAAGAGAAGAGCGACUCAAUGCAACAGACAUUAGAGAAUACAAUCUGUCCCAUCCUUCCUACGGAUCUCCUUACCCCUUUUCUUCCAUUGGCUCCUGUCUCCAUUGGCCUCUCUGUUAUGGCUUAUUACCUUUGGAAGUAUUUUGGUCCUCUUGGUAAAGGAGGACCACGUUUCAGAAGAUCUCCUGGUGAAAUUCCUGGUCCAUCAGUACAGGAACAAGUCCUCGAUCAUGUGGAAGAAGCUGGUCCACAUGAAUAUCGAUUGGUGAAGGAACGAAAACCUCGUUCUGCUCCAACGAGAACGAAACGUUCUGGUUCCGUGAAUCGCCGCACGAUUAUUGAAAUUCAUUUUGAAGUGUUGGAUGAAUGUCAAAAAGGGGACACACAAUUGAACCAGAAGGAUUUUCUUGAACUUUUGGUUAAAGAGUUCAUGGGAUCCGAAUUAAUGGAAGAAGAACAGGUUUCUAAGGAAGAAGUUCUUAUGGAAGGUGUUCCUUUGGAACAAGUUCCCAUUGAAGAGGUUCCAAUGGAACGUGUUCCAAAUUUAGGUUCCGGGUUUAUGGUUUAG